AUGUUGGGAUCAAGCAACAACAAAAUACUGGAAAAUCCUUUUGCAUCUAACACGAACAACAAUAACAAUUAUUACAACAACAUGCAUCACGAUUCUAACGAGUUACUGAACUCAGAUGAUGACCAGGCAUGCCUGUUAAUUAGUGAAGAGGAUCAGAAUAAAAUUCUGUCCCCAGUAAAGUUUAUCAUAAAAAUGAAAAAAUCUAUUUCACUGAAAUCUUUUAGGAAUGACUCUUCUCUGGGAGACAGUGUAGUGAAGUUUAACCAGAUGAGUUUGUCAUGUAAUGAAAAUAGUGUUGACAAUAAUGCCAUUGCUGCCAACGUUGACAAAGUAACUCUCUCUAAUAUUAAUUACCCUGAAAGUAUUUACAGAACAGGAAUGUCAAGGCCACUCUGUCAAAAGACUAUGAAGAUUGCUAAACUGAAAAAUAAGAAAAGAAAGUUUAAUAAAUUUAAUAGCAUUGCUAACGGGAAGUAUGCUAAAUUUAAAUCCAAUGCCAAAAAAUCUCAAAAAAAUGCUAAAAGGUUUGCUAAAAAUGCCGGCCGAAUUGCCUGGUCAGGGAUUAAAAGUGGAUUUAAACUUUUCUGGGCCGGUCUACAAUCGCUGUCCUCAUCGACAUCAUCACCAAUACCCCUUGUGACCUUUGACCUGUCCCAGAAUAUAGCCAAUGUCAUUAGAGAUAUUGGGAGCAAUAAGAGGAAUAAUAAUAAUAAUUAUUAUUAUCAUCAUAGUAAUAGUAGUUGUAAAAUGUUUUUGCUGACGUGCAAUGACGUUGACGAUGACGUCACGGACAGUUUCGUUGAGUCGAACUUUUUCCUGAUGACGUGUCUCGUCGGCAGGGGAUGA